AUGAAUUUAUAUUAUAUAGUCUUUAUUAGAAAUAGCUAGACUGAUUUCUAGUAUGAAAGACAAAAGGUGAGAUUGCUAGUGGUUUAUGAGGUUGUUUUAAUUUAUUAAUUAAAAUCUUGCAAAUAUUCAAAAAAUAAUUUAAUUUUUCUAAUGUCAGCUCCAUUUUAUACAGUGAAAGAUGUACCAGCUUAAGAUUUCAUUCGCGGUUAUGCAGAAUACUUGAAAAAAAAUAACAAGAUCAAGAUUCCAGAGUGGGCUUCAAUUGUUAAGACAGGUCUUGGAAAAGAAACCUCACCAAUUGACUAAGAUUGGAUGUAUGUUAGAGCUGCAGCACUUGCUCGUAAAAUUUAUGUUAGAGGCCAUUGGGGUGUUGGAAAUCUGACUCAUAUGUUUGGUUCAGUUAAUGAUAAUGGCAAACACGAAUCUGGAUCUGGAAAAGUCAUUAGAUAUUUACUCUAAUAAUUGGAAACUAUUAAAGUAUUGAAGAAAGAUAACAAAUCUCUUUUAAAGAAGGGAUCAAGAAUUGUAACCAAAGAGGGAUAAUAAGAUUUAAAUAGAAUUGCAACUCAAGUUGCCUUAGCUGCCAGAAAAUGAUUUAUAAUACAUCACAGAAGUACAUUAUUAAACAUACAGAAUUAUAAUCAUAAA